UCUCUAUACAAUAAAUAAUGAAUAUCCGUAGAAUCGAUGGCGCAGCAGAGUUCAUCUUCAUCGUCUUCCUCUGUGAUGAUGGUUGAAUUAGACGAUGGGUUCUCAUUGGACGGCUCGGAAUCUGGGUGGGUGGAGGCACGAAUUCACUGUGACCAUCUCGCUUCCUUGUCUUCCGAUCUCCUACACAUUCCCACCCCCGACACUCCAUGCCACAGGUGUCAGCAUCCAAAUGAGAACUGGCUAUGCUUAUGUUGCAAGGAUGUUCUCUGUAGCCGAUUUGUGAACAAGCACAUGCUAGAGCACUAUCAACAGACAAAUCAUAACUUGGCUUUGAGCUACAGUGAUCUAUCGGUCUGGUGUUUCUCCUGUGAUGCUUAUCUCGAUGCUCAAGUAAUGCAGCCAUUACGCGCUGCUUAUGAAACUGCAUACAUAUUGAAGUUUGGUAGCGCUCCACCAUUCCGAGCAAUUGAGCUGGUGCAGACAGUAGGUACGGAAGCAAACGCCUCAACUGGCAAUUGAGGCGUGGUUCUCUAUUUUCCUAUGAGUUUUUAUAGAACCCUUCUACUUUUUCCCCUUUAGUUGAUGAAUAAAUACAGUAUGUGAUCUUGUUUUCAUUUUGGUUGGAUUGCCAACUCCUUGUAUAUCUAUGGUCUCCUUGUCAAUAUAUUGCUCACAUUCACUUUAAAAUAAAAUUUAUUCCUUGUCGGCUCA